AUGUUUAAACGCACUCUUUAUUGUUUUUAGUUAACCCGAACCGUUGUGUAAUACCACGUCACCUGUCACUAAAAGAAUGAGCCUGACGUUUAAGGACGGGACGGUUCUGGAUUUCCAGAACCAGGAUGCACUUCUUGAGUACAUUAGGGUAACAGCAGACACAGCUAGUACUGCUUACUCCAUGGACACCUUCUGGCUCAUCAUCUGUGCUGGAAUGGUCUUCCUUAUGCAGAUGGGAUUUGCUUUGGUGGAGGUUGGCACUGUCAGGAUAAAGAACACUAAGAACAUUCUGGUAAAGAACAUGCUCGAUGCUUGUAUUGGAGCUCUCUCUUUCUGGCUUAUUGGUUUCGCUCUAGCUUUUGGAGACACCACUUCCGGAUUCAUAGGAACGAACGGUUUUGCAUUAAAAACUUUAGACAUGCGGCGAGGAGGAGAGUUCAAUGACAGACCUUACCAAGGAAAAAAAUACGCUCUUUUCCUCUUCCAGUGGGCAUUUGCUGCCACAGCAGCUACUAUAGUUUCUGGAGCUGUGGCAGAGAGGUGUAAAGUAAUUGCUUACUUUGUUUACUCCUUUGUACUGACUGUGUUCGUCUACCCUGUAGUAGUACACUGGGGAUGGUCCGACAACGGUUGGGCCUCAGCGUUUGCUCCGAAGGAAGACAGAUUGUUCGGGGUGGGAGUUAUAGACUUUGCUGGAAGUUCUGUUGUCCACAUGGUCGGAGGACUGACCGCUCUGAUUGGUGCUAUCUUCCUGGGACCUCGCUCCGGUAAAAUUGUUGAGGGUAAAGUUCAAACCAUGGUCUUCCAAUCUUCUACUUUUCAAACUCUGGGGACGCUAGUUUUAUGGUUCGGAUGGUAUGGGUUUAACUGUGGCAGUACUCUUACCAUAGCUGGUGCUGCAUCAGAUGUUGCUGGUAAAGUUGCCGUUACAACUACCAUAGGAGCUGCCAGUGCUGGUGUAACAGCAACUCUGAUGGGGGUUAUUUUCGAGGGACAUAUCAAUAUUGGCAGAACAAAUAAUGGAAUUUUGGCGGGACUGGUGAGCAUCACAGCUGGUUGCUCUGUGGUAGAUGUGGAAAUGGCAUUUCUUAUCGGAGUUAUUGGCGGCAUCGUCUAUUACUCUGCUUCAAAGCUGUUAACAUGUCUACACAUUGAUGACGUAGUGGAUGCCUCCCCAGUUCACUUGUUCUGUGGAAUAUGGGGUACCAUAGCUGCAGGGUUGUUUGCAAAGCCAGAGAAUGUGGAAAUGGCGUAUGGUACUGGCAGUUGUGGUCUUUUCUAUAAGUGCGAUGGAAAUGGAGGCAAACAGUUCGGAGCAAAUUUAGUGUUUAUCCUCGCAGUUAUUGCAUGGGUCGGCAUUUUCGCUAUCAUCAUCUUCAGCAUCUUGCAAAUACUGAACAUGUUACGAGUAUCAGAGGAGACGGAGAAAAUGGGUCUGGAUGUAAAGGAGCACGGUGGGGCCGCGUACGAGGUGACAAGGAAAUCUCGUUUCAGUGGGGGGAACUACAAACUUUCCACUCCAGAGGUUGUAGUGAAUAAAACAGCUAGCAAAGACGUGUAGAACAAUAUCAUGUGGCAUCAUACUCGUAUAUUUUCCUUACUGUAUCUUGUUCUUUUUUAUUCUUUUAUUACUAAUGGUAGAUUUUAAUUGUUGAUAUUGUUUCAAAAUAAAUUCUGCCGGCAGAACUAUUACUUUAUUAGUUUGGCUUCAUUUUAUUUCAUCUCAAUAAAAUUUUUCUAACUAAGGUUUUGUCAAAAUCACAAAAUUG